AUGAAUUCGGACCCAUCCCCGACCCCAUCCCAUAACUAUGCUGGGAUAGGAACUCCAGCCUACACCACCCAGCUUCCCCGUCGUCUCCCACCUCAUCCUUCCGGUUUACCUAUCUCCCCUGGAGGUCGGACGAUCCAUAGCCAGACUUAUGUGCCCAAAGGUACGAUCGCUCAUCAAGGGUUUCUCGAUCUAUUGUCCUACGUUCCUGGGAACGGGCAGGAUACGAGGUGGGAUUGGGAGUAUGAUGAGCAAGGUCGCCAGGUCAAUGUUCGGGGUGAUGAUGUCGGUCGAGCUGUGGAGACGGUCGGAAGGAGGUACGAGGAUAUGCCUCCCGCCGCGUACCCAAGGGAUCCUCCAACUCGAGCCCAAGCACAACCUCGAGCUCGGAUGGAUCCUCCCGCGGGCGGACUGGACAAACGGAUGAUCAGUUGGCCCUUAGAUUUCCGACACGUCGCACACGCCGAAACGGAGGAAGAAGCCCUGUUCAUGCUCAUGCGAUGGGGAAUGGAUGGGAUGGGCAAGGUGGCCGAUCCCAUAUGGGCUCAGGCGAUCAAAGAUCUCGUCAAGCAAAGGGCGGCCGAUCAGCAGGCCAGGGCGAUAGCUCAGAGCAUGAUCAAUCGCGAACCUACGCCUUUCCAAACUCUGAGGGUUAUCAACGGUAUGCCCUCGUCGAUCUACUCCGAGGCGACCAACGAGACCCUGCGACCUCCUCCGGCGCACAUUUCCACACCAGGCAACAGUCCCACAAUGCGUGCGGUCGCCCUGACUGGAUCCACCCUUGAUAGGGAGAUGGGCGAGGGCUUGCAAGAAGUGUUCGCCACAAUGCCCUCGCGCUUGGUGACGCCAUCGUUGCCCACGUUGGAAAAGGCCACCUCGGUCGCAAUCUACUUCGAAACGCUCUACCACGCUUUACUGAAACCUCCCAAGUCGCUUGACGCGGCCCAUCCAAACAACUACAUCUUGAACCGUCGUCGACGAGAAUUGGCGCUGGAGCAAGAGAUGCAAAAGCGAAACUGCUCCGAGCAGGAGAAGACCGUACUCCGUGCCCGCUGGAGGGAAGAAGAGACGCAGGCCUUGCGCGAGAAGCGGAAGAAGGUUGGCACACUCAGUUUCGCCAAGCUCAAGGUUAUCGGACAUGGAGCCUUUGGUGUGGUCAGUCUUGUCAAGGAGAAGGAGACCGGCAAGUUGUUCGCCAUGAAGGAACUUCGCAAGGCCGAUAUGCUUCGGAAAGGGCAAGAGGGACAUGUCCGGGCGGAGAAGGAUUUGUUGGCUGCCGCCGCCAACUCUAGCGCGGGCGCGCAGUGGAUCGUCAAAUUGCAUUACAGUUUCCAGGACGUUGAUCGAUUAUACCUGGUUCUCACUUAUGAAGGGGGUGGUGAUCUGCUGAACCUGCUGGUUGAGCGCGAUACGUUCGAGGAAGACUUUACUCGAUUCUACAUUGCCGAGAUGAUCCUUGCCAUUGAGGCGACUCACAAGCUCGGGUUCAUCCAUCGGGAUAUCAAACCCGAUAACUUUUUAUUCUCCAAGGAAGGACACCUGAGGAUCUCAGACUUUGGCUUGGCAAACGACUUGCACUGGGCUCAUGACACUUACUACUACGAUCAACAACGACGAGCCUUGCUCAAGAAACACGGUAUCGAUCUGGAAGAACCGUCCAAGAUGAAACUCAAGACGAUGAAACGCCGAGAGGUCGAGGCUAUCAUGGGUAAAGACUGGUUGAACCAGGGUCAAGGCAUGUUGACGUGGCGGGACGGAAAGCGUCGCAAGCUGGCAAUGAGUGUUUGCGGGACGAAUUCAUACAUGGCGCCUGAGGUAAUUCGUGGUCUAGGUUACGGAUUCACUUGCGACUGGUGGAGUCUAGGGUGUAUCGCCUUCGAGUGUCUUUACGGGUUCCCUCCCUUCGUUUCGGGAUCUCGACAUCAGACUCGGCAGAAAAUCCUGAACUGGCGCGAAUCACUCCGCUUCCCGACGAAGCCAAGAUUGAGCAAGGCUUGUACAGACUUCCUGGCCAGCCUACUGUGCGAGCCGGAAGAUAGACUGGGUAGCAUGGCAACCGCCUCGACCAAUCGGCCCAAUAGUAUCAUGACGGCCGAAAGGAGUAACCCUUGGUCCAAGAGUAUAGGAGGACGGAAUGGACCUCGAAGCGGACUAGGUGACGAUGGGGCGGGCGAUAUCAAGGCGCAUUCCUGGUUCCGUGGCAUCGAUUGGGACAAUAUUCACUUGCAAGAGGCUCCUUACCAGCCCAACCUGAUCGACCCUGCGGACACGCGUCACUUCGACGAUGACAUUCCAAAUGAACCCCUAGCACCCCCAGGUGGAGCUCCCGCCCAUGCUACCAAGGACCCCAUGCUUGCCGACCGGAAGCACGGGGCUCAUAUCCUGGAUAUCAGAAAGCAGAUGGCUUUCGCUGGCUGGACUUACAAGGGGCAUAAACAGGAUAUGGAAGAGCGCUUCGAAGCGAUGAAUCAGGAGCGCUUGGACGUGGAUGAGGUUCUGGAAGAUCAACGUCCGUCUCGACUUACAGGGACUAUCGGAAGGAAUAGGGCGCUGUCACUGUAGAAGGGUAGCAAUUUGGCAUUUCUUAUAGGACAUUCUUACAGGACGAGUUUGAGCUUUCAUAAUGAUCCAUGUAGCCAGCGUAUUGACGAUACUGUAGACUGCAGCGAUGUAUACACGAUGUCAGCUGACAGCUAAUCUGCUUAUUCCAUGGAUUCUCGAAGU